CUGCUGAGCAGCCCCGUGCCCAUGGAGGGCAACGCUGUCAUGCAGAUCCUGGCUGCUCGCCCUGAGGACAGCGGGACGUACGUGUGCUCGGCUCGUAGCAACGAGGGAAGCUCGGAGACCCGGGUGGAGGUCCUGGUGGAGGGGGGUCUGGUGGAGGGGGGGGGUCUUCAGGAGCCCUCGGCCCCCCGAGCCUCCGUCCCUGAGCCCCUGCUGGUGGUGGUGGAGGGCCGGACCGCCACGCUGCGCUGCGAGGCCCACGGUGUCCCGCCCCCCAUCAUCAGCUGGUCCAAGCUGCGCUCCCCCCUCCCCUGGAGACACUCUGUGACGGGGGGCAGUCUGGUUCUGCCCUCUGUCGGACGCCAGGACUCUGGGGAGUAUAUCUGCAGCGCCACCAACAGCCUGGGGGCGAGCGAGGUCACCGUCACUCUGGACGUAGAGACCCCCCCUUACGCCACCUCCAUGCCCGAUGAUGUUGCAGUGCGGGUGGGGGAGGUGAUCCGGCUGCAGUGCCUUGCUCAUGGGACCCCCCCCCUCACCUACACCUGGAGCAAGCUGGACGGAGAGCUGCCCCCCCGAGCGCAGCUCAGCGGAGGGGACCUGCAGAUCAACCUGGCCACCGCCGAGGAUGCUGGGAGUUAUAAGUGCAUCGCCAGCAACAAGGUGGCCGACAGCGAGGUGAUCGCUAGAGUCACCGUCAGAU